AUGAAGUUGGAUUAUAUUUUGGCUUCCCUUGUCAUUGCCAGUAUAACUGAAGCUGCUCCAAUCAAAAGAGGGUUGUUUGAGGAUUUAUUUGGAACUAGUAGUUCUAAUACUGCCCCUGCCCCUGCCCCUGCCGCAGCACCAGCUCCAGCUCCAGCACCUGCCGCAGCUGCUCAACAGGCUGUCAACGUUAAUACUCCUCCUGCUGCUGCUCCUGCUGCUGCUCCUGCCACAACGACUGCUGCUUCUUCAAGUAAAGGGUUCUGGGCAGGAUUAUUUGGUGGAGAUCUGACCAAUACAGCCUCAACUGCUGCGGCUGCGGCUGCUCCAGCUCCAGCUUCUGCUUCUGUAGCUUCUGCUCCUGCUGCUGUUGCUCCUGUUGCUGCCCCUGCUGCUUCAACUCCACAAUCUACCAGCUCUUCCUCAUCUUUUGGAGGAUUUUUCAGCAAUUUGUACAAUGACUUUUUUGGAUCUUCAUCGGCGAAUGCCAAUCCACAGCCACAGGCACCAGCUCAAGCACAAGCCCCAGUACAAGCUACAAAGCCUACAUCAGCUGCCCCAGUUGUGGUAACUAGUGCACAAAUAUACACUUCUGUUGUUACUUCUGCUGCUCCUGCUGCUGCUGCUGCUUCUCCUGUUGCUGCAAAUGGAAACUCCGGUUCUGAUGAUUAUUCUGCUGAAGGUUUAUUUGCAUUCUUAUUUGGUGGUGGCAAAGCAUCAGCUACUGCCUCUUCUGCUUCUGCUUCAUCAAACCCAAUUUAUGGUUCGGGUUCUGAUUCAGGUUCAGGUUCAGGUUCAGGUAAUUCUGCUGGAAAUACAGGCUCCUCAUCUGGUACCACUUUGGGUGUUGGUUAUCAAGGAGGAUCACCAGGUAAAAAUACAGCUUCUAUAAACACUGCAACUGCAACUGCUAUUAACGGAGGUAGUGCUGCUGGUGCCACUGCUGCUGCUGGUUCUUUAGGAAUAACUUAUUCUCCUUACACUAAAUCAGAUGGAUGUAAAAGUGCAUCACAAAUUGCUCAAGAUAUUGCUAAAUUAUCCAAUUAUGAAGUCAUUAGAUUAUACAGUACUGAUUGUUCUGGAAUUGAAAAUGUAUUGUCAGCCAUGGGAUCAAAUCAAAAAUUGUUUUUAGGUGUUUGGAAUAUUGAUAGUCCUCAAGGUGAAUUACAAGAUAUUGUCAAUGCUGUCAAGCAGAGUUCUAGUGGUUGGAAUGUUGUUCACACUAUUGCUAUUGGAAAUGAAAGAGUUAAUGCUGGUGCUGCAAGUGUAGCCCAAGUGCAACAAGCAGUUGAUUUAUCUAAAAAAUACUUGAAAUCUCAAGGAUAUAAUGGUCCAAUCGUCACCGUUGAUACUUUAGUUGCUUACGUAGGAAACCCACAAUUAUGUGAAAUGUCUGAUUACCUUGCAGUCAAUUCCCAUCCAUAUUGGGAUGGAGGAGUUCAACCAGAGAAUUCUGGUCAAUGGUUGUUACAACAAAUUGCUCAUUUGCAAAGCGUUUGUGGGUCUUCAAAAGAUGUGUUAAUCACUGAAACUGGUUGGCCAACACAAGGUGAUGCCUACGGUCAAUGUGUUCCUUCCGUGCAAAACCAAGUUGCUGCUGUGAAAUCCAUUGUUAAAUCCCUUUCUGACAAAGUUAUUAUGUUUACUAUGUUUAAUGAUUAUUGGAAAGAUCCAGGUGCAUAUAAUGUUGAACAACAUUGGGGAUUAUACGGUGAUCCAUCAUCUUAG